GCUGUGUUUACUUCUCUGCGAUCUCUGCACUUCAGCAGUGCUGUGGGCCCGUGGGGUCGUCACUUUUUUAAUCAGCAGCAAUCAACUUCAAUUGAUCCGAAAGCGCUGCUCGUAGUUUUUCUGAAACUCACUCACACACGAUGACUUUUUAAUUUUUUUCGAGUGCAAAUUCCACGAACCAAAUCAGUAUAAAAAAAGAUGAUCAACAUAAUCGGCAAACGUUCAUUUUUGCUCGUGUCCCGAUACUCGCAGCACGUCCGGAAAAUGUCUCUCGUGAAGAACCUGGCGUUCGUCAACAACAAAUGGGUCGCUGCCACUUCUGGCAAGACCUUCGAGGUGACCAACCCUGCAAAUGGAAGUGUCCUGGGACAGGUUCCGGACAUGGACACCCAGGACACGGAAGAGGCCAUCCAGGUCGCCUACGACGCCUUCCAAAGUUGGGAAUUCACAACAGCUAAAGAACGAGCUCUGCACUUGAGAAAUUGGUUCAAUCUGUUGGAGGAGAACAAAGAGGAGAUUGCGAAAAUCAUGACGGCCGAGUCUGGAAAACCUUUGGCCGAGGCUGCAGGAGAAGUUGCUUACGGGAACGGAUUCAUCGAAUGGUACUCCGAGGAAGCGAGACGAAUCCAUGGAGAAGUUAUUUCUAGUCCGAUUCACUCCAAGGAAAUGAUGCUAAUCCGGAAACCUAUUGGAGUUGCUGCCCUUAUUACUCCUUGGAACUUUCCAAUUGCGAUGAUCACAAGGAAGGCUGGAGCAGCUUUGGCUGCCGGAUGCACCUGUGUGGUCAAGCCUGCAGAAGACACGCCCCUGACGGCCCUGGCCAUCGCCGCCCUGGCCGAGAAGGCUGGAAUUCCAAAGGGCGUCUUCAACGUUGUGACCUGCAGUCGCCGAAACGCAGCCGACGUUGGAAAACUGCUCUGCCAAAGCCCUCUAGUCGCAGGCUUGUCCUUCACUGGUUCGACUAACAUCGGCAAACUUCUGUACGAACAAUGCGCUUCGACGGUCAAAAGGUUGUCCCUGGAGUUGGGGGGCAACGCACCUUUCAUCGUGUUCGAGUCGGCUGACCUGGACGCGGCCGUCAAAGGAACGAUGGCGUGCAAAUUUAGAAAUUGCGGACAAACUUGUGUCAGCGCAAAUCGGCUGUUCAUUCAGGAAAGUAUUUUCGACCAGUUUGUUUCGAAACUGGAGGAGACGAUGAGAGGGUUAAAGGUUGGCGACGGAGCGCAACCUGGAGUCACUCAAGGACCACUAAUCAAUGACGCACAAGCUUCUAAGGUAAAUGAUCUUGUACAAGAUGCGAUCAAAAAAGGAGCCAAAGUUCACCUCGGUGGCAAGCCAGCUUUGGACAAAGGGCCGCGAUUCUUCGAGCCCACCCUGUUGACAGACGUUGAUCAUUCAAUGAGAAUGUAUCACGAGGAGAUCUUCGGACCUGUUGCUGUCUGCAUUCCAUUCAAGACUGAGGAAGAGGUCUUGGCGAUUGCCAAUGGCACCCGUUCUGGCCUGGCAGGAUACUUUUUCAGCAACGACCUGCCCCAAGUAUGGCGAGUAGCCAAACGACUGGAGACGGGCAUGGUCGGCAUUAAUGAGGGAAUCAUUUCCACUCCGGAGGCAGCUUUCGGUGGAAUCAAAGAAUCAGGCAUCGGCAGAGAAGGGUCUCAUUACGGAAUCGAAGAGUAUUCGUACAUCAAGUACCUUUGCUUUGGAAAUCUUUAAGUAUUAUAUGAAUGCUCUCUGCAAAUUUGAGUCAAAAGUAUCUUGUGAAUUAUAUCAUUCCUCUGUUGUCAAUUUGAAAUUUUAUCUUUUUGUUCGAAUAUAAUCGCACUCUCUGUAAGAAAUACUCAAUGUGAUGGGAAAUGAUCGAGAAAGACACACCGUGCUUCCAUAGAUGUUGAAUGUGCAGCCGAAUAAAUACGCAAUGAAAUUGCACCGAUUUAAAA